CUUGGCCGAAUCGAAAUAUGAAUUCGCAUCCGAGCAUCAAACAUGCAUUCAAUCACCCACAACCUUCGAGACUCUCCGCGGCUCACCCUGUCUAGCAGACUACGCAUACGCUGGCUCACUCAAGACGCUCGCUCCUUCAUCCUAGCUUUGAGCAUUGCGUGAGGGAUCCACGUCGAUUUCUCUCUUGCACGCUGAAGCCAAUUGGCUCCUGUUCACCGCUCCUGGUCUGCCGCGCACAACCAAAGCCGUCCAAUUCGCCCAAUAGGGACGUCCGGUUAGCUGCCAGACCCUUACGAAGACCUGCUGGACACUCUAAGCGCCUGCAUACAUACAUCGGACCCGUCUCCGAGCUGCUACUUGUCUCGCUUCCCUUGCACUCAACAUGGCGGCACCGGGACGCGGCUCUCGCGUCAUCUUCGUGGGAAACAUUCCCUAUGAUAUGUCAGAGGAGCAGCUCAUCGGGGUGUUUCAAGAGGUUGGCAAAGUGAUUGGAUUUCGAUUAGUAUUUGACAGGGACACAGGCAAACCAAAGGGCUAUGGGUUCUGCGAGUUCGAAGAUGUCGAGACUGCAGCCUCUGCUGUUCGGAACCUUCACGACGUGGAUGUAGGCGGACGAACAUUAAGAAUAGACUACGCCGACGUAGAUCCUCUCUUCGAAGGCAAGACUACUUCCAUGGGACACAUGGAAGCGAACGAGCUACCUCCUGGAAGCAGCAGAAAGGAGAGAAUGCCAAACUCGGUCGAGAGAGGCAGGGUCGGCAACACGGGAGGGCCACCGCCUAGAGGUGCACCUGCUCAGGGCUGGGGAGGGGCACAACAAUCUACUGGGCCAUUUGGGCAGGCUGCUCCGACUAACUUACCCCAGGGUCAGGCGCUACCACCAGGUGCGGAUCCUACCGAUGCCAUUUCCCAAACACUGGCCGCUCUUCCGCCGGGUCAAUUGCUAGAGAUCAUUGGACACCUCAAGGCCCUGGUGAACAACUCGCCUGACCAAGCGCGAAGUUUGUUGGCCAGCAAUCCUCAGAUCAGCUAUGCGGUAUUUCAAGCCAUGCUGAUGAUGAACGUUGUAGAUCCCGCAGUCCUGCAAAGGAUCAUCACCGCUCAAGCUGGAGGUCAAGCAGGCGUGCCGACUUACGGAGCACCGGCACCCGCCCAAGCACCAGUGCCUAUGACCGCUUACGGAGCAGGCGCACCUCAAGCACCUCAAUCUGGCUACGGCGGGUACGGCGCGCCUGCUCAGGCCCCCGUGCCAGCCCCUAGUCAACCAGCUGCCGCUGCAUCACAAGGCCUCGGCAACGCGGAUUUGCCAGAGGAUCAAAAGGCGCUACUUUUGCAAGUCCUCCAACUCACGCCCGAACAGAUCAAUGCGCUUCCAGAGGAUCAGAGAGCCGGCGUGCUAGCUCUCAAAGCUCAAAUGGGUCAAUAAGAUCGCAGACAAAGUCUGCACGGUCGCGACUGUCACCUUGUAUCAAUAUCCAAAACCCGCGAAUGAUAGGAUUCGACGCGGGAGGUAAUAAAACUC